AUGAAAAAUGAUAGUACACACCAGAAUCGGCGGUGUGCAGUGAUCGCUGCAGUACUGCAAGCCCCGCCGAGGCGGUCACAACAGCGGCAGCAGCAAUCUGCAAGCGCAACGCCAGCCAUUGCGAAGCGGCUGAAGCGCUUAAUGCAGCUCGUUGCCACGCUUCUACCAACUCCGCACCUCGCGCUGACCAUGCACCACUUGCGCCGAAUGCGCGAACUGUGUCUAACCCUAACAACACAACAAUGUAAUUUAAAGAAAAACUGA